AUGGAAAUGUUACUUGAUAUAGAAAGACAAGAUAGUAUACCAGAGUCCUCAGAACUAUCAUUACCAGAAAAUGUCACAGCUAUUCUUCCACAAAACUAUAAUUAUAUGGUUACUGAAUUUCAACAAUUUCCAAAACAUAUUACAUUAGAAGGGUUUUCAAUUGAUCAUUUUGAAUUAAAAAUUUUUGCUAAUGUUGAUAAUGUUGAAGGCACACAUCAAUAUGCACCUUGCAAACAUCAAGGUGCAGUAGCUACAAAGUACAAUAUUGGAUCAUUAAAUUUUUAUCAAUCAUUAAUGCCUUAUGAUUGUGCAAUUUUUGCAUACAUUGUAUCUGGACUUUUGUCAAAUGAUCAUUCCUUUUACACAUCACUACAUGCUUGUACAAAUAAUAAACCUGAAGAUCUUAGAUAUAAAAUACAAUUGAAUAAUGUGCCUCAAGAAAGUAACAAAAUCCAGAAAACAGAAAUACUAGAUAUUAAUUCAACUACUUUGGAACAUAACUCUGCUUCUUUUAACUCGUUUCUUGAAAUUAUCAAACAUGAUUACGAAAAUUGUAGUCCGAAUCUUCAGACUGCUUUUAAUAAAUUUGCUGAACGAUACAAUGUAGCUAAAGCUAAAUCUGUUCUAGCACUGACAUUAUUUCUUUAUGAUAUUAAUCAUAAUGUUAAUCCACUUGCACGAGUAAAAAGUGGAGCAAAAAUUCGUGUGCAA